CUAGGUCAUGCAGAGCUGGUCAGGAGCAGCGCAGACAGGACAUUCCCAACUGAAGAAGUGAGCUUAGGCUGGUUACGUCCUAGAGAGAGGGUGACCUGUUCCUGGACGGUGACAUGAGGGCACUCCGGCGUGUGAGGCAGACUUGGGGCUCCGUGUGGUGCCGUGCCUGGGAGGGAAAUGAGCACCAGAGAACCGCCCAGCGUGCAGAAGGUACGAGGAACCUCCACAUCUGCUCCGCACUGGUGUACAGACAGAACGGCGCUCACGCGGAUGUCCUGCGGCUGGAGAGAAUGGCCUUACCGCCAGUCGAUAAGCACUGCGUGAGACUGAAGAUACUUGCUGCACCAGUGAAUCCAGCGGAUAUCAACAUGCUACAAGGAACAUAUCCAAUACGCCCAACGUUCCCUGCUGUGGGAGGAAAUGAAGGCGUCGGGGAGGUCAUUGAAGUAGGAAGUGAUGUCACCUCUUUGAGCCCAGGAGACUGGGCCAUCCCUGUGGGUGCUGGUUUUGGAACGUGGAGGACAGAAGCGGUGUGUGAUGCGAGUGACAUCAUCAAGGUCCCCAAGGACAUAUCUCUGCUGGGUGCAGCUACCAUUGGGGUCAACCCCUGUACUGCCUAUAGGAUGCUGCAUGACUUCCAGCCACUACGGCCAGGGGACACUGUCAUUCAGAACGGAGCCAACAGUGCAGUGGGACAAGCAGUCAUCCAGAUUGCCGCAGCAUUAGGUGUCAAGACUAUAUGCAUAAUAAGGGACAGAUCCAACCAACAGGAAGUGGUGGAGGAUCUUCUGUCCAUGGGAGCAGACUAUGUGGUGACAGAGGAGACACUGAAGGGGUCAGAAAUGGAGAGAAUAUUCCAGGAGGUCCCAAGGCCUAAGCUAGGCCUGAACUGUGUUGGGGGUCCGUACAGCGGAUAUCUUCUCUCUCAACUAGACCACGAUGGAACACUGGUAACAUAUGGAGGAAUGGCCAGGAAACCACUGCCAGUUCCUGCUAAAGCUCUAAUAUUCAAAAACAUACAUCUGAGGGGAUUCUGGCUGACCAUGUGGAAGAGAGACAAUAGAAAAGGUAAACAGGAACAUCAACAUGAAACACCAAAGCUGCUUGGAGGCAUUCUGAUAACCACCACGUUUCUCCAUACACGUCCCAUCAGACCCAGCCAAGCUGCAGGCCAUGGUGGCCUCCCUCUGCAGCCUCCUGCAGUCCGGCCGCCUGUCCCUCCCCCGGUGCGUCCAGGUGCCAUUUGGGGACUACCGGCACGCCCUGGAUAUGACCCAGUGUGCCCAUCAGCGGAAGCAUGUCCUCCUCAUGUAGACUUAUUAUGGACCUAACGUCCAAAUGUCAACGACCAUAAAAGUGCAUGAA